AUGAAUCAAUCGGAGUCGAGGGAAAAUUUGGUUGAUAAUGAGGCACGACGACCUUCUAUGCAAUCAUUGCAACCACCUACUGAGUAUGUACUUGGUCAAGUUGAAAAACAUUUUCUGUUAAGUGCUGAGCGAGGUGACUGUGCUACUGUUCGGAGGCUGCUUGAAGAGCAUAAAGAUCACCCGGAAAUACUGAACAUAAAUUGCGUCGACCCGUUAAAUAGAUCUGCGCUGAUCGCGGCGAUUGAAAAUGAAAAUGUUGAACUGAUUCAUAUAUUAUUGGAGUGGAAAAUAAAUGUAAAGGAUGCACUUUUGCAUGCCAUUAAAGAGGAGUACGUCGAAGCUGUUGAAAUUCUUCUUGAUUAUGAAGAAAAAAUUCAUGUUGCUGGUCAACCAUACAGCUGGGAAGCCCUGGAAAGUGGCGACUAUAAUUUCACACCUGAUAUCACUCCAUUGGUUCUAGCGGCUCAUAAAAAUAAUUAUGAAAUACUUAAAAUAUUACUUGAUCGUGGUGCAACUUUACCAUGUCCUCAUGAUGCCAGGUGCGGUUGCGACGAGUGCGUUACGUCAAACGAGCAAGAUUCACUACGUCAUUCACGCUCUCGGAUAAAUGCUUACCGUGCAUUAACAUCAUCCUCACUUAUUGCCCUAUCGUCACGAGAUCCUUUACUAACUGCAUUCGAAUUAUCCUGGGAAUUGCGACGGCUAAGUCGUAUGGAGCAGGAAUUCAGAUCUGACUACAAUGAACUUAAAGAACAAUGUCAAGUCUUUGCGACAUCGCUGCUGGAUCACGCACGCACUUCACACGAACUUGAAAUAAUUCUUAAUUAUAAUCCAACUGGUGACAAUUGGGAGCCAGGCGAACGACAAACAUUAGAUAGACUAAAACUUGCUAUUAAAUAUAAACAAAAACAGUUUGUAGCACAUCCAAAUGUUCAACAAUUAUUAGCAGCCAUUUGGUACGACGGAUUACCAGGAUUCCGGCGGUUAAGUAUGGUCGGACAAUUAAUCGAAGUUGGAAAACUCGGCAGCAUGUUUCCUAUAUAUAGUACAAUAUAUAUGGUAUCGCCUACGUCAAAAAUGGGAUUAUUUAUGAAGAAACCAUUCGUUAAAUUUAUCUGUCACUCGUCUUCUUACGCCUUCUUUCUUAUGUUACUUGGAAUGGCGUCUCAACGUGUUGAAUAUCUGGUAAUUGAAUUAUUUGGAAAUGCAUGGAUGAGAGAAAUCUUAGCUGGCUGGAAGAAACAUGAACGAGGUUCUAUUCCGGGUUUUGUUGAAUCCGGUGUAAUUAUUUAUAUUAUAAGUCUGGUAACUGCCGAAAUUCGUUCACUUUGGGCCGAUGGUCUACUCGAAUAUAUUUCCGAUCUCUGGAAUAUCGUCGAUUUUAUUCAAAAUACUUUCUACGUAGUCUGGAUUAUGAUGAGGGCAACUGCAUGGUUCGUCGUACAAAGAGAAUACUGGAGUGGAGAAGAUCCCUGGUAUCCAAGAGAUCAGUGGGAUGCUUUUGAUCCGAUGCUAUUGUCCGAGGGAGCCUUUGCCGCGGGAAUGAUAUUCAGUUUUUUAAAAUUAGUUCACAUAUUUAGUGUCAAUCCACAUUUGGGACCACUUCAAAUAUCAUUGGGACGUAUGAUUAUUGAUAUUAUUAAAUUUUUUUUUAUUUACACCCUUGUGUUGUUCGCAUUUGGUUGUGGUAUGAACCAACUCCUGUGGUAUUACGCGGAUCUUGAAAAGGCAAAAUGUUAUCAACGUAAUCCAGAGAUACCGGAUUUUGAUAACGAAGAAAAGGCGUGUUCGAUUUGGCGAAGAUUUGCGAAUCUUUUUGAAACUUCUCAGUCACUAUUUUGGGCAAGUUUUGGUAUGAUUGAUUUGAUGUCAUUUGAUUUAACGGGAAUCAAAAGUUUUACGAGAUUUUGGGCAUUGCUGAUGUUUGGAUCAUACUCUGUUAUCAAUGUUAUUGUUUUAUUGAAUAUGCUGAUUGCUAUGAUGUCGAACUCUUAUCAAAUUAUUUCGGAACGCGCGGAUACUGAAUGGAAAUUUGCGAGAAGUCAUUUAUGGAUGAGUUAUUUUGAAGAUGGAGAUACUGUACCACCGCCUUUUAAUAUGGUUCCCACUGCUAAAUCAUUUAAUAAAGUUAUUUCUUGUGGUAAAACUGGACGUCCGACUAAAUCAAUUAUUAAAAAAAAUCGUGAAAAAGCCCAAGAACGACAUGAUAUAGUAAUACGUAUAUUAGUUCGUCGUUAUGUGACCGCUGAGCAAAGAAAACGUGAUGAUUUUGGUAUAACAGAAGACGAUGUAAUAGAAAUACGUCAAGAUAUUUCGACAUUGAGAUAUGAAUUAAUAGACAUAUUGCGUCAGAAUGGAAUGAAAAUAAAUGUUGACCAAGGGGAUGCCUCGAUCUCCGGAAAGAAGGGUCGUGUGAUGGAGCGUCGAUUACAGAAAGACUUCCAAAUAGGCAUCGUUGAAGGAAUAGUUAAUUCAGUGAUCCAGAGUGAGAAGGAACCGAAGGAUGUAUUCAGUCAAUUAGCUCGAGCUAUUGGUAAACGAGCAAGUGAGAGCAAGAAAGAUUGGAACGCUGUUGUAAGGAAGAAUACUAUUGCACGUGAUCCGAUUGGCAGUAGAACAGACGCUCAGAUUCGUCAAACCCGACGGAGUCUUCGUAUUCAUCAAAGAAAUCAUCCGGAAUCAGAUUUGGCGUCUUUGGAUCCGAAUCGUUUGGUUGAAUACAAUCCUAAUUUGAUGGACGUCUCACCAGCAACCCGUGUCGCUUAUGCUAAAUUUAUAAUGGGAAAAAUGAACAAGAGUGAAUUGAAAAAAGCUGUUUCAUUUGAAGAAGGCGACGAAACUGCGAAUAAAGAUGGCAAAGAAGAUGAUAAAAAAGUACAAAGAACAGCUUCGAAGGUAACAAUAAAUACUUCUGGUGGAAGUCAAUCAAAACCGAGACCGCAAUUAUCAACUGCUGGGUCAUUGAGUGAUUCGUUGAGAAAGACGAUGCUUAAAGCCACGGCGUCGAUAACAAGUCAAGAUAAAGGAGAGACUGGUGAUGCGAGAAUUAUUCCAUCUCCGAUACCAGAAGAACCCGUUGAAGAUGAGGAGAAGAAGAAAAAAGAAGAAGAAAAACGAAAGAAGGAAGAAGAGGAGAAAAAGAAAGAAGAGGAAAAGAAGGAGGAAGGUGAGAAGAAAAUUGAAGGAGAGAAAAAAGUUGAAGGAGAGAAGAAAGUUGAGGGAGAGAAGAAAGAAGAAGAAAAAAAGAAGGAAGAAGAAAAGAAAAAAGAUGAUAAACCUGGACAAAGUUCAGAUAAUAAAACUACUGCAGAUAAACCAAAAAUUGAAAGACCUCCGGAAGCAGAAACAAAAGCACGAGGAAAAUCGAAAGCUACGGGUAAAGUUAUGGGCGGAUGGAUUUAA